AUGGCGAUCAAGCCCAUACAAGUUAACUACGUUAACAGGGCGACGGCAAUGACCGAUCGUCCGAUGACCAGCGCCAGCCAAAAUACUAUCAGCUCUGGAAUAACCGGCAAGCUCUACGCAUGGACUUCCUGUGCUACGGCGAGCCACACCGUCGUGCGGGGCCUGACCCUCAAGCUCCAACCCCCUACUUCGGCUCGACUCGCAAGAACCAGCUCGCCGACACCGACCCGAGACAAACACGCCGCCUCACAGGCGCAUACACCAGCCGCCUCACAGGCGCAUAAACCAGCCUCCACACAGGCAUACCCAGAAGCCGACACACAGGCAUACCCAAAAGCCACCUCACAGGUGAACCCAGAAGCCGCCACACAGACGCACCCAGUAGCCGCCUCACAGGCGCACACACCAGCCGCAACACAGGCGCAACCACCAGCCGCCUCACAGGCAUACCCAAAAGCCGCCACACAGGCAUACCCAGAAGCCGCCUCACAGGCGCACCCAGAAGCCGCCACACAGGCGCACCCAGCAGCCGCCUCACAGGCAUACCCAGAAGCCGCCACAAUGGCAUACACAAAAGCCGUCACACAGGCGCACCCGGUAGCAGCCUCACAGACGCACACACCAGCCGCCACACAGACGCAUCCACCAGCCGCCCCACGGGCGCACACAUCAGCCGCCUCACAGGCGCACCCAGAGCUACGCCCCGACUUACAACGAGUAGUCGCCACACGGAGACAUCGCACGGCUGCACAUCUGGGCUGGAACACUGCCCCUCCCGACGCGUCAGCGAUCCAACGGAAUCCAUUUCGCCAACCGACAAGGAGAAUCCGUUUCAGAGAUCAGGAGCCAUCGGCACCAUCCUGCGAGGUCGCCAACGCCGAACACGACGACGAGGAGGAAUAA